ACUACAUCGUGGUUGCGAGAGAUAACACAUGUAGUUGUCAGUUCCCUCAGCUCCAUCACUUGCCAUGCUCCCACAUGAUAACCGUUUGUAAGUUGCGAGGUUUGGAUGUGGAGGUGGCCCCCCGAAUGUGUUAUGAAGCUUCCAAUAAGGCUGUGCAGGACUCGUACUCCCCUAGGUUUGAACCUUACCUAGAUCCAUCGCAGUGGCCAAGUUAUGAUGGAGAGUUCUUCGUGCCCGACUUGUCGUUAAAGAACAACACACGAGGAAGAAGAAGGACAAGAAGGUUCAAGAACGAUAUGGACAAAGCAUACAAAGGCUCAGCCAACCGACGGUCACAAAAGCCGAACAAUACAAAUUCAGAGCCGGUCAUGCAAAAUAGAUGCUCGCUAUACCACGAACUAGGCCAUAAGAAAACUAGGUGCCCGAAGCGAGACAAGUUUAAGGAUCGACCGAAAAAGCGCCGUAGGACGGGGGGAGGUGGUGAGGGUAGCACACAGGAUGGAGCACUUUCCGGGGUUGGAGGAUUUCUACGAGGAGAAGCACCGGGCCCCACAGAUUGCCAGCGGAGAGCGCUUGAAGACCCUUCGAGUCAGAGGUCACACGGCGCACAUACUGUUCGACGACCGGUACGUCCCGUACCUACGGCGGGCGAAGCUCUUGGCGUUCGUGACCAUGGCGCAGCGACCGGUGCCUCUGUACAACGCCGCUGCUCUGACGGCCCUAGUGGAUCGGUGGCGUCCAGAGACACACACCUUCCACCUACCGUGCGGGGAGCUGACGGUCACUCUGGAGGACGUCGCCAUGAUCCUGGGUCUUCCUAUCCGGGGUCAGGCGGUCACAGGUGACACAGCGUCGGGGAACUGGAGGGAGAGGGUCGAGGAGUACCUUGGUCUGGAGCCUCCAGUGGCACCUGAUGGUCAGAGGCAGACGAAGACAUCAGGGGUUCCUUUGAGUUGGUUGCGAGCCAACUUCGGUCAGUGUCCCGCUGAGGCAGACGAGGCUACAGUACAGCGAUACUGCAGGGCGUACGUGCUGUACAUCUUCGGCAGUAUUCUGUUCCCUGACUCUGGUGGAGACAUGGCUUCUUGGAUGUGGCUGCCGUUGCUCGCGGACUGGGACGAGGCGGGUACCUUCAGUUGGGGGUCGGCUGCCCUAGCCUGGUUGUACCGGCAACUCUGUGAUGCUUGCCGAAGGCAAGGCGGGGACGCGAACCUAGCAGGCUGUGUUUGGUUGCUACAGGUUUGGAUGUGGAUGAGGCUUCUAGUUGGUCGGCCCAUGUGGAGGACCCAUCAGGCUUGGCCGCACCAGGAUGCAGACCGACGUCCCACUGUAGCUCACCUGUGGGAAUCGGUCCCAUCUCCAGUAGUAGGCCGCAGGAAUUUGGCGUACUGCCACUACACAAACGAGAUGGACUACCUACAGCCAGAACAUGUGGUGUGGAUGCCAUAUCAGGCACAGGAAGUGCUCGAGCUAGAACUGAAUCCCAUGUGCCAUAUAGAGGAUGCGUUGAAGACCCUACGGUGCCCACUGAUCUGCUUCUAUGCAGUGGAGUUCCAGAUGUGCCACCGCGUGAUGCGGCAAUUCGGGAGGCUUCAAACAAUCCCGCACCGUUUCUCCACGAGUAUCGACCUACACAAGGUGGACCGUCGGAAGAACAAGAAGGUGACUGAUUGGGCUUACUACCAUCAGGAUCAUAUCACGCAAUGGGAGAAGUUUGAGGAGAAUGGAGUACCAGACCAGGGUCAGCACAACGGGACGGAGUUCGACUUGUACUUGGCGUGGCUCCACAGGACCUACCGUCUUGUCCUACGUCCGGCUUGGACACUAGCCGACAUAGCGGAUGACCCCGAGGAUGUUGAGGAGCAGAACGAGUAUGAUACUCGUACCCGUCUAGGUACCACGGUCGAGACGGGACCUGUUCGCGACAGAGUGGCUCGAGAGCUCUUGCGGACCGUCAACGACGCGGGAGUGGCGCUAGGCACGGCUCCUGGCUCCGAAGGAGAGGGCGGCACCCUCCGCAACGCCCUACAGAGACUACGGCAGCGAUGUCGGAAGUUGGCAGCAAGGCUCGGCUGCAGGUCGACUGAUGUGGUCGAACAUGCUCAUGCCCACCAAGAGGGGGAUGAAGAAGGGGAGGUGGGUGACGAGGAGGGCGAGCAAGACAAAGAGGCAGAGGAAGGAGAUGAGGAGGAAGAAGGGGAUGAGGACAGAGAAGAGGAGGCGGAUGAGCUCGGUCCCUCGCAGCUAGAGGACGCACCAGAGUCGUCACAGCCGGAUAUCUCGCAGCCCGGCCCGUCUCGACCACUACGCCGGCGGGCUCCUUCGCAGGACUGGAGGUACACCCCCGACGUGCCUCGUCCUCGCACUAGAGGUAGGAGGAGGUGAGUGCAUGGUUCAAUGGAUGGAUGGAUAGAUGGAUGGACUUGAUGCAUGGUUCGAUGGAUGUAUGGACUCGACUGGAUGUAUAGCCGAGGAUCGAUGGGAUGUUUUUAUUUCUUAUAUGUAUGGACUUCAUAUAUGGAUGUAUUGAUGGAUUCUAUGGAUGUAUGGAAUGAUGUUGGGAUUGAUGGAUGGAUGUAUGUUUUGUAUGGUUCUCUGGAUAUAUUACUGCCUGUAAAUUUCUGUCAUUUGAUGUUUGCCUGUGUUGUGUGCAAAGUUUUGCUAAAGUUUAGCAGGGCU